AUGAACUUCUCGACUCUUCUCAUUGCUAAGCCACUACCAUUUAGAUUCCAACUACGCGUUCGCGAUCAGGCCCGUGCCAUGAAAGUCACCCAGCAGUGGAUCGAGCACCAGAUCGAAGGGGAAUUCCAGGACUCGAAGAUGUACUGGAAUGGAACCAAUGGGGGCGAUAAGGAUUCUGGGUAGGUGCCCCGUCGAUUGACACGUUUACGCAGAGCUGACUCGUGCUGCUAGAUGGGGACAAGUCUUCCUUUGA